UAUUGCUUGUAUUCAAAAAAAUGGGUAUUAAAGGACUAACCCAAUUAAUUGGAGAUUCUGCACCUGCUGCUAUCAAAGAGAAUGAAAUAAAGAAUUACUUUGGCAGGAAAGUUGCUAUUGAUGCUUCAAUGAGUAUUUACCAGUUCCUCAUUGCUGUCCGCUCUGAAGGGGCUCAGCUUACUUCUGCUGAUGGUGAAACUACCAGCCACCUAAUGGGUCUGUUUUACCGAACUAUUCGGAUGGUUGAUAAUGGCAUCAAACCAGUUUAUGUCUUUGAUGGUAAACCUCCAGAGAUGAAGGGGGGAGAGCUGAACAAACGUGCAGAGAAGAGGGAAGAAGCAACCAAGCAGUUAGCGAUUGCCACAGAUGCUGGUGAUACAGCUGAAAUAGAUAAAAUGAGCAAACGACUAGUUAAAGUAAAUAAAGUUCAUACUGAUGAGUGCAAACAACUUCUCACAUUGAUGGGUGUCCCAUAUAUUGAGGCACCGUGUGAAGCUGAAGCUCAGUGUGCAGCUAUGGUGAAAGCAGGAAAGGUCUACGCUACAGCAACUGAAGAUAUGGAUUCGUUGACUUUCGGUUCCAACAUUUUGUUGCGAUAUAUGACAUAUAGCGAAGCUAAAAAAAUGCCUAUCAAAGAGUUCCAUUUAGACAAAGUUCUACAAGCCAUGUCUUACACAAUGGAUGAAUUCAUAGAUCUGUGUAUCAUGUUGGGGUGCGAUUACUGUGACACGAUUAAAGGCAUCGGUGCCAAAAGGGCCAAGGACUUAAUAGACAAACAUAGAUGUAUCGAAAAAGUAAUCGAAAAUCUUGAUACAAAGAAAUAUGCCAUUCCAGAAGAUUGGCCUUAUCAAGAAGCAAGAAGACUGUUCAAAAAUCCGGACGUCUCAGAUCCGGAAGCCAUCGACUUGAAAUGGAAUCAACCAGACGAAGAAGGUUUAGUAACAUUUUUGUGUGGUGAUAAAAAUUUUAACGAAGAACGCAUUCGCGGAGGAGCUAAGAAACUGUGUAAAGCGAAACAGGGGCAGACUCAGGGCCGACUCGAUACAUUUUUUAAGGUUCUUCCAUCAAACAAACCAUCUACUCCCUCCACGCCGGCAUCGAAGCGGAAGGCCGAAGAACCGAAGAAAGGAAGCAAAGGAGGAGCCAAAUUCAAGCGUGCAAAGUAGCUGGUUGGCAUUUUCAACCUUUUUCCGUUUUUGGUCUGCGUACGCUAAUCAAUUAAUUCCUUUAGAGGAAGAUUUACCGCAAAUGAGGAUUGCCUCUCAUUAAUUGCCUUUACAUUUUUAAUAUAACGCAUCAAUGAAUUAUUGCCUGUCAUAGUCGAGGUUAUCCUAAGUGAGGGUAACACAUGGGGUAGAUUACAUACAAGAGUCCUUA